AUGACGGCCAAAGACAACUCCGGCAACCCCGAUGGCGAGAAUGGAUCAAAUAGCAGAGCCCUAUUGCUGUUUGUGGACGAGAGCAAUCCUGAUCAGACAGCCAUUAAACGACAUGUGAUGCAGAACCAUGUCCGGAAGAAACGAGGUCUCGCCAAAUCCCAGGCUCAAAAAGCCGUUCGAGUUACCAAGAAACGUCCCGACAAUCGCCUGAGCCGAAGCACAUUGGUCGCGCCGCUCCACAAAAGCGCUAAAGGAGAGACGCGCUCUUUGGUUUUGAUGGAGCGCAAUGACGAUUCCUCUUCAAGUAUAUCUAGUGGACAAAUACGUCGAACUAAUACCACGGCUUUAGCCAUAAGUACGGAAUCCUCCAGGCCGUUGAACGCCGAUAGUAGCCACGACAUUGAUUUGGAAUUGAUUGAAACUAUUGAACGUGACUCUACUAGCUUAGACAACUAUACAUUACUAGACGUGGUGGACCUAGCAUCCCAAAGCAAUGAUGAGAAAAGCCUUUCAAAGCAGGGUGCGAAUCAUUCUCGAAUGACAAGCUAUCCUGAAUCUUCGGACUGCUCCUACAGCUUAUCAACUGUCUUUCCUUCUUCAGCUUCACGAUCACCGUCUCCACAGACGCUGCUUAGUGCGGCAUGGAAAGAUCCUUUUAACGUCCUGCCCAUGAAGCUAACCGAUAGAGAGGAGGAACUGUUCCAUUUUUACGUUACUUAUAUGCCUGCCUGCUCCUAUGGAUUCAAUGUUCUUCCGCGAAAGGCACAUAACUGGUAUAAUGAAGUGUUCGUUCCUGAAGCAAUGAAAGGGGCUAUGGCCUUCCAAAACACUAUUCUCGUCCACGCUUCAAGCUCGCAAGCCUGGGUAUGCGGACUAGACGAGACGGCCGAAUCUAUAGCCCAUCGCGAUAAGGGACUCAAGGCCUUAAUCAAGCAUCGCUCCAUAUAUCCGAACGACUUCUCUGACGCCUUAAUUUCUGCGACCCUAAGUGCUGCUGCCGUAGAGGAUUUCGAUCAGAGAAACGACCGUAAAGAGCCAAGUUGGUGGCACAUGCGCGGCGCAAUGGAGAUGAUAGCGAGGAGAGGCGGUACGGCAGCAUUCAGACAGAGCCGGCGAAUGGCAAUGUUAAUCAAUUGGUCUGAUUAUAUUUUUUCAGGGUUUUCUACCCACCCGCAAAAAUCAUCCUUCUACUUCGAACCAAGUUCGGAGUUUUCAGGCUCGGUAUCGUCUUCCUCAAGUCAGGCUAGCUCUUCUCAAUACCCUAGCCCAUCUCCGUUAUCUGAUUUUAAUCCUAUGACCGAAAUAGAGACGCAGUGUGAAGCGUUUCUCGAAUUUCUCCGUCGAUCGGAGCGUCUUGCCUUCGAUACCGCAUCCUCGUCGUCUGAAAAGACUACCACUCCACGGCGUAAUCUGUCAUUUGCAACGGAUACUCUCCUAUAUAAAAUCCUAUCCUCUGGACCAGGUGCACGCUUUGCCACAGCAGGCACCCGAAAGCAAAUCAUAUCCCGUUUGGCGUCUCUCCUGAUGAUCAACGCCGCAUUAUGGGACUACCGCCUUCUCCCGGAGAAACGAGAUAGAUUUCUCAAAGCCUUGUCUAUGAAACUGGUAGACAAGGAAGUCGACUUGAAUGAAUCUGUCGAAGCAUUGUUGCAAAUUCUCCUCGCUUAUGACGACACGUUUGGUAUCCGUGAUCUAGAGAAGGAGGAAUAUAACGAAAACCUCCGCAACCACCUCGUAUUCAACCAUGAAACUGGCGAGAGCUUAACAGUGCGAGCUAUUAAAUCCGGCAUUGACCCCUAUCAACGACCCUGGCUUGUCGGACGCCUGCUCAAAAUUGCCAAGAGGCUGUGCUGGGUCUCCUGGAUGUCCCUGAACGAGAUGCUAUUCUCCUUCCUGACUCUUCAUUUGCAGUGGCCUAGAAUGGCACUCUGGGAGGAUUCAUUGAGAAAAGAAAUUCUAUCAGCACCAUUGACGAAGUAUGUCAUGCCAAUCCCACGAAGCUAA